AUGUCCAAAAGAAGCGGUCGGUGGGUGGUGCUCUGGACGCUGUGGCUUGCCCGCCUGGUGCGGCAGCCCACGGAGCCAGUGCAAGUGGAAGGUGGGCUGAUACGAGGAUCGGUGUCACAGGACGGAUCGCAUAUGAGAUACACUGGCGUACCUUAUGCCGUAGCCCCACAGAGAUUUCAGGCACCGCAGACCGUCCCGAAGUGGGAAGGCGUUUACGACGCAAUCGACGAGCACAUAAGAUGCACGCAAAGAUUUUCAAAGACGUGGAUAACUGGAUACGAAGAAUGUCUCACGUUAAACGUUUAUACCCCAGCUGGAAAUACUGAAAAGCGAUAUCCUGUGAUGGUGUACAUUCACGGAGGAGGCUUCAGAGACGGGUCAGGCUCGCCUUUCCUUUAUGGACCCGAAUACCUUAUAAGGAACGAUGUGAUUCUCGUCACGCUGAACUACCGCCUAGAAAUAUUAGGAUUCCUUUGUCUGGGCAUAAAAGAAGCACCCGGAAACGUCGGAUUAAAAGACCAAGUGGCUGCUUUGCGGUGGGUAAAGAGAAAUAUCAGGGCGUUCGGUGGCGAUCCUGACAAUAUUACUUUAUUCGGCGAGAGCGCCGGGUCAGCCUCUGUACUGUAUCACGUCGUAUCGCCGAUGUCGAAGCGAUUAUUCCACAGAGCAAUAAUGGAAAGUGGCUCAGCUAUGUCUCCCUGGAGUCUACAGUUUGAACCCUUGAGAACCGCAUUCAGUCUCGCCGAACAAAUGGGCGUUAAGACAAACGACGUAUACGAAGUCCUAGAACUGUUUACGAAGAAAACGGCAAAAGAGCUAUUAAGCACUCGGGUGCCUAGACGCCAGGGAGAUACUAUUCUCUCCGAAAAUAUUUUCGUCCCAUGCAUCGAAAAUGUCCUACCGGGCAUGGAACAAAUGAUUAUAGAUAGUCCAUAUAAUAUAAUAACUCGUGGUAGAUUCAAUAAGGUUCCAAUGAUCAUCGGGUACAAUAAUGCUGAAGGUUUUAUGUUCGUGGGAAAGGAGAACGACACAACAAAAUUCAGAUUUAAUUUCUUCGAUUCUUUACCGAGAGAUUUAGUGUUUCCCACGGAUUCUGACAAAUUGGAAGCGGCCGAAACAUUUAAAAGACUGUAUUUUAAAGAGCUGGAUAGCAAGAACAUAACAAUAGAAGAUCUUUCGAGAUAUGAAGGUGAUUCGGGCAUAGUGUUUCCAGUGAUCUUUACGGCAGACAUGCUGAUGAGGCAUAUGGAGAAGCCAGUCUUUGUUUACAAAUUUGCUCGCGACGGUUGGAUGAACCUGGUCAAGAUGCUAUUCGGGUUUAUCAGAUAUCCUGGCGCGACUCACGCCGAUGAACUGUUUUAUAUAUUCAAACCGGAGGCCACAUUGCCCAUGUCGUUUAUUGAGCGAAAUGUCAUCCAUAAAAUGACAACCAUGUGGACAAACUUUGCAAGAUUCGAAGACCCUACACCUCGCUUAUCGGAGGAGUUUACUUUGAAGUGGAAGCCGAUUAAUAUAGGAAACCCAGAAAUCCUAGUGAUCAAUACAGACUUUUCUAAAGAACCUUUAUGGAACGAUGAAGCCAUACUUUUCUGGAACCAAACAUACACAAAAUUUUUCAGAGUCAUGAUACUCUUGUCAUUGUUGAUGUUACUAAACGUGUCGACCGCGCGUGUGCCGACUUUGCCGGUCAGGAUCUCCUCGGGACUCGUUCGUGGUACAAUCUCUUCAGACGGUUCCCAUUUUCGCUACCUUGGCAUACCCUACGCUAAUGCACGAAGGUUUCAGGCUCCUGAAAUAACACCGAAAUGGAAUGGUGUUUUCGCGGCUGUUAAUGAAAAUGUACGAUGUCCACAAAGGUUUAUAUCGUCAGUUAUUGGAGACGAGGACUGCCUAACUCUGAAUGUCUACACUCCUACGAGGAGAAGCAGGCCCGUUCCGGUUAUGGUGUUCAUUCAUGGCGGAGGCUUCCGAGACGGUUCUGGAUCACCGCUCGUUUACGGCCCAGAUUAUUUGGUCAAACGAGAUGUAAUCUUAGUGACGUUCAAUUACAGACUCGAAAUUUUAGGUUUUCUGUGUCUAGGAAUCAAAGAAGCUCAAGGUAAUAUGGGCUUGAAGGAUCAAGUGAUGGCGCUCCGCUGGGUUCAAGAAAAUAUCAGUGCUUUCGGUGGUGAUCCGGAUAACGUCACAAUAUUCGGUGAAAGCGCCGGUUCGGUUUCAGUCCUGUAUCAUAUACUAUCGCCGGCAUCGAAACAUUUGUUUCAUAAAGCAAUUUUAGAAAGCGGUUCUGCCAUAUCGUACUGGGGAGUCCAAUUCGAGCCAAAAUAUAUAGCUAUUAAAUUAGCACAACAAAUGGGAUACAAUACAACCGAUGAAUACGAACUUUUGAACAUAUUUAAAACAAAAACGGCUGCAGAAUUACUAGGUACCAGGGUCCCGAGAGCCAAGGGCGAUAUCGUGCAGUCGGAAAACAUUUUUGUGCCUUGCAUUGAAAAAUCGCUUCCCGAUUCACAACCAUUCUUUACUGACAGUCCCUAUGUUCUUCUAUCGAGCGGCCGGUUCAACAAAGUACCCGUUAUCAUCGGUUUCAACAAUAAAGAAGGAUAUAUAUUUGUCGGCAAAGAGAAUAAAACCACUAAGGCUAGUUUCAAUUUCUUUAGCGCCCUACCUCGAGACUUACAAUUUCCCGAUGAUGAUGUUAAAGAAGAAACAUCUAAGAAAUUUAGCAAACAAUAUUCUGGUAGACAUAACGAAGAAUUCACUACAGAUUCGCUGGUGAACUAUGAAGGCGAUGCUGGUAUAAGAUAUCCCGUGGUCGCAACGACUGAGUUAUUGCUGAGGAAUACAGACAAACCGGUCUACUCGUACAAGUUUUCGUACAGUGGUCUCCUUAAUUUUGUAAAAAUAUUGUAUGGUUUCGGUUCAUUUUCAGGAGCGUCACAUGCUGAUGAAUUAUUUUAUUUAUUUCACGUAGAAGGUACGACGCCAUUAGCCCUAGUAGAAAAGAACAUGAUCGAUAAAAUGACUAUGAUGUGGACAAAUUUUGCGAAAUAUGCUAAUCCUACUCCUGGCACGUCCACAUUGUUACCAGUUACGUGGGAAGCAGCUAAACCGGGGAAUACUAGUCAGCUAGUUAUUGACAACACUCUCAGUAUACAACCUUUGUGGAACGACGAGGCAUUGCUUCUUUGGAACGAGACUUACACCAAGUAUAGACGCCUGUAUUGA